UAUAGUAUUGUUCGAGGAUUCGAUAAAGUAAUUCCCGUAGAUGUCUAUUUGUCGGCCAUUAUAGAUGCUAUAACAAAACUUCGUAAAAAACUAUCUCGCGAAAUUUAUGAAGAUCAAAUUAAGCCUCAACAGGGGGAAUCAAUGUUUUACUACCAAUCAAAAAUUUCAUAUUGGCCGCACUACUCAUACUGGAAAUUAUGA